AUGGUGGAGCUUCUGCAACCGGCUUUUGUUCUCCAGGAAGUACAAGCCCCGCCUUCUUCAAGGACACAGAAUCCAACCACAGAAUCUCGUCAGCACCAUGGAGGUGGCAGCAGCCUCUGUAACCCUAUCUCUAAGCCCACUACUUUUGAUGAUCUUUAUAGUAACCCAGCUGACCCUGCUCUUUGGUCUUUGUUAUCCCGAGUUGUUGCUCAGUAUGCUCAACAAAAUGCGAAGGGAGGUGCUGUUGCAGGAAAUGUGGCUCAUAUUCUGGACUCAAAUCAUGGAAAGAAGGCGUUACUAUACACUGCAAUAAAUCAGCUGGCUAUGGGAAGCAGUUCAGCAGAAGAUGGAAAAAAUAUUGCACAAAAGACUAUUCAGAAGGCAGCUCUCCUUUCUCCAGGUGACCCUGCUGUCUGGGCUGGGCUAAUGGCAGCCUGUCAUGCUGAUGAUAAACUGGCUCUAGUGAACAACUCUCAGCCUAAGAGAAUGGAUUUAUACUUAGCACUGUUAUCUGCUGUUUCUGCUUCAAUUAAAGACAAAGAAUUCCCUGAAAAUUAUAACCAAUCUCUUGAAAAGUGGUCUCUCUCACAAGCCGUCACUGGUCUGAUAGACACAGGAAGAAUAUCUGAAGCUGAAGCUGUUUGCACAAAGAAUUUAAAAAGUAACCCUGAUCAGCCAGCUGUUAUUUUACUUUUGAGACAAGUUCAAUGUAAACCACUCCUGGAGUCACAAAAGCCACUCCCAGAUGCUGUACUUGAAGAGCUGCAAAAAACAGUCAUGUCCAACUCAACCUCGGUUCCGGCUUGGCAGUGGCUGGCACAUGUGUAUCAGUCCCAAGGAAUGAUGGGUGCUGCAGAGAUGUGUUACAGAAAGAGUCUACAGGUGGCAUCCCAACAGGGCAGUUGGAGUGGAAAGCUCUCAAGUCUGUUGAGACUGGCACUGCUUGCAUUGCAAGUCUGCAUGGCUAAUAUUUCCAAUGAUCACUGGUCAUCCUUGGUUCAAGAGGCUACAACUGAGGCCUUGAAACUUUGCUUUUGUCCACUGGCUGUUCUUUUACAAGCUUUGUUACAAUUCAACCGCAAAAUGGGGGCAAGAGAGACACGGCGUCUUUUGGAGAGAGUGGUAUAUCAGCCUGGGUAUCCCAAAUCUAUUGUGUCAACCGCACGUUGGUACCUGCUGAGACACUUAUAUGCUAAAAAUGACUAUGAGCUCAUUGACGUGCUAGUAAACAAUGCCGAAACUCAUGGUGAUACAAGAGCAUUGGAACUGAAUCAGAAAUUGUCCUCACAAUAACACUGGAUUACUUAAUAGUAAGGAAGCAAAGAAAAAACUGUAAGAAUGAAGCAAUGAAUGAAGACUUUUUCCCCAAAGGAACAUUUUAAAAAACUAUAGAUAAAUCAUCCGUUCCUUUUCUUUUUUAAAUCUAAAGAAGUUGAAGUUCUUAAGUUAGGGAUUUAAUCUGAUUUUAAUCUGAAAAAAAUCUUGGAUUUGAGAAAUUCAUAAUGAAAGGAAAACCGUGAUUCUCUUAGUUGCUCAACAGUUAUUGUGAACCAUUAUUUUCUGCAUCUAGCAUGGUGCAUAGGAAUUUUUUUUGUAAGUAAUCCCUUACAAUAAAGCCCUAAUAGCCAUUUUCUAAAUAAUGUGCAAAAGAAGAUUAGCAUAACACAGAAUUUUCAUUUAUUAAAAACAAAUUCAAAGAUUUAAUUCCACCUAUGAAUUCUGCAGUUCAGUAGACCAACUCAUCAUAAAAUCUAAAUAACCUUACAACUUAUUUUGCUAAUGGUUCAUCUCAGAUUCUUUUGAAGAAUUAAUGUUGUGAAUUAUAUAAACAUAUCCUUUAUGUCUAAGACUCACCAAUAAAUGUUGAUAAAUAAGUGUGGUGAGACUGCUAAUGGAUAUGUUUAUAUAAUUCACAACGCUCAGGUGUGUGGCUGCAUUUAAAAACACGGAAAAUUUUGGAAAAUAAUGUCUGUAUAAUUGAUCAUGUAAUUCCUUCAAUUAUGAUGAAAAGACUUGAACUUUCUGAAAUAAAAAAGUGUUCUUAUUUUCUUUAUGGUAUCAAUAUCAUAAUUGAUAACAUAAUAUAAUUGAUGACAUAAUUUCUGAAUAUCAAAUUUUAAAACUUGAAAGUAGAAUUAUCUAUUUUUUUUCCAAAAGCCCUUUACAUAUUUGAAGAAACUGUGUUGCUUACUUUGGAUUUGAUGUUUUAAAAAUAUUUCCAGACAUUUACAUAUAUUGUUUAUUGUACAGAGGUGUGUGGUUAUGUAAUUUAUGUAUGUGUUUUUUCUAAGCUAGCAGCUUCACAGUGUUACUUUGUGAGAUAAUAUAAAUUGAUAGUAUUCUGUAAUUAAAUUGUAGUUCAGAGGUUAAUCUAUUAGUCUGAACUGUAAUCUGGUGUUUCCCAGACUUGGCUGAACAUUGUUAUCAUUCAGACCUAUGCAAUCAGAAUAUUUAAGGAUGGAGGCCUCUGCAUUUUAAAGGCAUGCCUAAGAAAUUAUAAUGUUCAUUCAUA